AUGUCUCUCCUUCCAGAAAGCAAGAACUCUUUCAGACUCAAAACUUCCAACAAAAUGGUCAUUCUGCCUAAGAAUGUGACACUGCUUGUCUGUAAAUCCAUUCUAUGGGGGAAGAGAGUUUCUGUGGAGGAGAGAGUUUCAGUAGAUGGAGACAGAUUAGGUGGAGGAGAUUAUUCAGGCACCAACAACACAGUCGAAGAUGAAAAAUUGGAGUCGCAGUUUCCAUUUCCACGUUGUACUCGCCAACCCCUUCCAUUUUCAACAUCAUUUGGGAGUGCGGGGAACUUCGAUGAUCCAUUAGAGGCAAUACAUGUAGUCAGUAGCAAGCUAGAUUAUAAUUCCAGACUAAUCAAUUCAUGGCAUGAGAAAUGUGUUGAAGACGAGGCCAUUUUGGCUGAUCUUAACAUUAGAGUGAACAAAGCGUUCUCCCAAAAGAACAAGUACUUGAAGCUGAGUCAUAAAAGGAAGCUGAAAGCUGAAGAGUUGGAUACAGUAAUGAAUGAUGAAAUUAAAGGUUGUUUGAUGAACCAUAUGCGAUGCGAAGAGCACCACAGUGAACUGGAGUUGGCAUUCAACGAAGGAUUCAAAAAAUUCCGAGCAUUUGCGGCAACUACUCAUACAAGUUAUAAUUGGGACUAUGUGUCCCCUGAUGCUGUGAGAGAGAUACUAGAUGAUGGUGGUGACAUGAGUGAGCAUAAGCACGUCAAAGCUGCUUGGAAGAAGCCGACUGAUACGACUAAGUGA